AUGAUUAUCCAGCUCAUCCGAGCCAUCAUCAGGCUUCAUUCUGGUCACGGCGUUCAGUCUGCAUUCUCUUUCGACCUUGAUGUCACCCAAACCAAGGCCUUGGACGCUUUCAUCAGUGGCAUGGUGCACUCCAACAUGAGCAUCAAUGACCAAAACAUCAAGGAGUUCCACGAGCUGUUAUGGUCCUUGAUCGACGGACCCAGUUUUCAUGGAGGUCGGCCAUGGGCUAAUGUCAUACAGCGUUUUAUCUGGUUACGUGCACUUCGACGCGAUGGGAACUUCUAUGAGGCAGGUGACCUGUCGCCAGAUCUUGCUAAACUGGAAUAUUUUGUCAAUGGAACCUCGCUUGUUCAUGCGUUAUGGUAUCAGAGGGACAGUGACAUGGGCGAAAUCGAGCGGGUUCUUGCAGUUCAUAAUGAGGUCCUAGCUGUGGGACGCUCCAACACGUUCAACAUGCUGUUUCAAUACCAGCAGUUUUCUUCAUCCUUGGCCUUGAACCAGCAAAGGGAGCCAAAAGUAUUUUUUGACCCUGGGUUCCAGUGGCUGUCAGUUGGAGCGGACAGAAUGCACCUCCCUGCAUUUCGCCAAGGUAUCCAAACACUCCUUCAACAAGUGAAGGACAGGUAUCUCCUGCUUACAAACGGACGCACUGCGUUCAACAGCAUGCCAAAUAAUCUGAAUGACGACAUGACAAACACCAUCCGGGGACAUUCCUUUGCGAAGGAUAAGCAGUUUGACUCCAUCAAACUGGAGUUUUUCUGCAGUUUGGUUCAGGACCACAGCCUGGCUAUGGUGGAUGGGGAUGGACGUCUUGGAUGGAACAUACCGGCAGUGAAAGACAUCCUGCGGAGAUCUCUACACGGGGUACACCGGGUUUUUCUCACGCCCGUCGUCCCUGCUUUUGCUUCCUGCACACCAAUUCAAGUUCGACAUGCUUAG